AUGGGAGGAGGGAAGGACAAGCAUGACGAGAGCGACAAGGGGCUCUUCUCAAACAUGAUGCACGGCGCCGGUGGCCAUGGGUACCCCCACCAGGGAUACCCACACCAGGGAUACCCUCCGCAGGGCUACCCGCCACCACCAGGAGCAUACCCGCCUCCGCCAGGGGCAUAUCCUCCUCCGCCUGGGGCGUACCCACCUCCACCUGGGGCAUACCCACCACAACAUGGGUACCCUCAGCCGGGUGGCUACCCUCAGCCGGGUGGCUACCCACCGCAAGGUGGAUAUCCUCCUGCAGGCUACCCUGGCUCAUCUCACCAGGGCUAUGGGAGCAGCCAUGGUGGGAGCCACAUGGGGAUGGGGACAGUUCUAGCAGGAGGUGCUGCCGCCGCCGCAGCUGCUUACGGAGCACACAAGCUUUCCCAUGGCCAUAGUGGGCACGGUGGACAUGGGGUCUUUGGAGGCUAUGGUCAUGGUGGUUACGGCCAUGGCUACGGUGGGCACGGCAAGUUCAAGCAUGGUCACGGCCACCACGGCAAGUUCAAGCAUGGUCAUGGCAAGUUCAAGCAUGGCAAACAUGGGCACGGCAUGUUCGGCGGCAAGUUCAAGAAGUGGAAGUGA